AUGGCCGCCCCUCAAACUCGGCCGUAUAGGCGCAUCCUGACGUCGGCAUUGCACCGCCGAUUUGUUCAUGCAUCAGCGCUUUCCCUUCUGGUCUCAUAUGUCGUGGCAAUUGCAAUCGGCGACAAAACAUCCUUUUUCUGGUCAUGGUUCCCCAUUGGCGGGGCUGGAAUUCGCGCGGUCUUACUUUUCGUUUCAUCCCUCGCCGUCUUCGUGCUGCGCGUCGGCCAACUUCACCUAGGCUCGCGAACGACAACAUCCUCGAUCACGACCUUCAGAUAUCUCUUCCCCCUACAAGUUGCGCAGACAUUUGGAUGGUACCUCUUCUCAGCUUGGUGGUUCACCGAAAUCUACCUAUGGUCAUCCUCCGCCGAGGCGGCUUUGGAGAUGGUGAAACGGGGCAAGCUUCACGAGCGACCAACCCUCAACGAGCGCCCUAUCUACAUUCAUACAUUCCAUAUACUCUUGGCAUGCUGGCAGGCCGUAGUCCAUCUCGCCAAUGAUUACGAUCGAGUUCCAAUCCCUACCGUGAAGAGAGCUUCUGAUGCGCCCGAUGUGCGGACACAUCCUGUCCCUGCGACUUUGAAACACAUUCAGGCCCUGCUACCCCAGACACUCAUUGAUGGUUUUACACGAACCACGUGGGUCGCUGUGGUUACCCCCUCGUAUACCAAUUCCUGGUCUUUGUACUUCGCCAAGCUCUUCUGGAACUUCCCAAGAUCGUCUGCGGAACCUGCUUCGCUUCUUCCUCCAGGAUUCAUUUUCUUGAUUGCCCGCUCUAUUUUCUCUGGCUCUCUGCUUGUUCUGUGCUGGCAGGCGGCUAACCUGUUCUUCUCCAUCUUCAUCGGCAAGGAACCAUUGAAGCGUGGUCAGCCGCUGACCUCCGAAGCCAAGGACCCCAACGGCAGCUUGAUUACUGGACUGAAGGCUAAGAAGGUGGCUGUGAAGUCCUUUGCUUUCUGGGAGCUUGGACUCAUUAGUCAGCGCUUGCCAGAGCGUCGCAAGGCUAUCUUCAAUGAAAUUGACCGAGAUGGUGGCUCUACCUGGUCGCAGAUGUUGGCCUGCAUGACGGAUGUGGUUAAGGGUAUCAACACCCGGAUCGAAACUUUCAAGGCUCCUGCUCCUGGUUCUAAGCCCGCGGUUACAGCCGAUGCCCCUCAGCCCGUUCUCCAGACUCUGCCACGGUUGACAGAUGCACCGAAGACUGAGAAUGUCUUUGCGGCGUCACCAAAGGCUAGCUCGCGCCAGCAGCAAUUCGGCGAUGCUUUCAGCUCAACGGCCAAAUCAUAUGGACAGUCCGCAGACUGGACUCCCAUGGCACGGGCUCGUGCUCGCCAGGUUAUCGAUCAGGCCUCGUCGGCAAUGCUCAGCCCUGAGCGUAAACAAAAACUCAUUGCCACUGGGGAGGAUUUGAAGCUGCUCACAGGAGGACCGUCUUCAACAUUCAAACCGGAGAACGUCAACCCUACCAUAGUCCAGGUUCUCCGUUCCCCCGUCGGUCAACUCUUCCGGCAAACCUACGCCCAACGGGCAUCUAGCAUUGUUCUCGGCUCUCCGGAUUCGUCUCUGAGCCCAAUUGUUGACGCUAUAGACUCAUUGGCCCGCCUUCUGAUCGCCAGUCUGGCAGAAGACCAGUACGGUAAAGUCCAGGCCGAUGUGCCAGACGUGGUCCGUCUGUUCACCCAAACCAUCAUAACCCUAGACACGUUUGUGCACCAGGGCGGUCUCGACGCGCACUGGACAGACGUCAACUUUCCACCUUCCAAGGAUCCCGGGGCACAGGCGGUAGCCCGCCGGGUGCCGGAGGUGGACCUUGUUUUGGAUGCCCUUAAGAGUGGCCUACGCGAUUUGUUGUCCUCCUUUAAGCCGUACCUGCGGGAGAUCGGUGUUGUGGGCAAGGAUCUCAGACUGGCCAAGGAGGCAGCUGGUUUCGACGAGGAUUGA